AUAUCGAAUUGACUCUCAUAUAAAAACCAGCCAACCAAGUAGCUUAGUUCUGAUUUCUUUUUCUAUUCCGCACCAUAAUGGUCAGAUUGUUGGUAGUUGCUUUUGCUGUAACAGCUUGUUUCUUAUUGCUUGAGACUUCUGCCAAGGAAGGUUUCGGACCUGGAAACCAAGAUUAUGGCUAUGUUGAUGUUCGCAAAGGAGCUCAUAUGUUUUACUGGCUCUUCUACACCACAGCCAAUGUUUCUAAAUACACUGACCGUCCAUUAGCGAUUUGGCUACAAGGCGGUCCUGGAGCCUCAUCUACGGGUUAUGGGAAUUUCGAAGAAUUAGGUCCAUUAACUUUGGACUUGGUGGCACGCAAUCAUACCUGGGUUAAGGAUAUGAAUGUUCUCUUCAUUGAUAAUCCAGUUGGAAGUGGUUUCAGUUAUGUGGAUAGUUCAAAAUACUUGACAAGAAACAAUAAGCAAAUAGCUCUUGAUUUGGUUGAACUUAUGAAAGGAUUUUACAAUAAUCACCCUGAAUUUAAGAAAGUUCCUUUGCAUAUAUUCUGUGAAAGUUAUGGUGGAAAAAUGGCACCAGAAUUUGCCUUGGAAUUAUACCAUGCCAUCGAGAAGAAAGAAAUCGAAAGUAAUUUGAAGUCGGUAGCCCUUGGUGAUCCCUGGGUUUCACCUAUGGAUUCUGUUAAUGCUUGGGCGCCACUUUUGUUGAAUAUGGGUAUUAUUGAUCAUGAUGGUCAUGAUAAAAUUAUGAAAUCUGCAGACAAAACCGGAAAAGCACUUGAUAAUGGCAAAUAUUCACAAUCAACAUUAUAUUGGAGUGACACUCAACGUGUUUUGUUGGAUGAAUCUAAGGGUGUUGAUUUUUAUAAUAUUUUAUUGCCAACAAAUGGAGAUGCUUAUUCAAGAUCUCUUUUGAGCAAUGAAGAACUUAUGUACAGAACAUUGGUUAAGUAUGAUAUCGAUGAAAACCGUGAUCAAAUUUUGCAAAACUUAAUGCGUGGAGCGGUUAGCAAGGCAUUGAAAAUUCCAAAGAAUGUUGUUUGGGGAUCACAAAGUUCAACAACAUUUAAUGUUUUGAUGGGUGAUUUUAUGAAACCUGUUGUAGACAUUGUUGAAACCCUUCUUAACUCGACAUCAUUAGAAGUUUCUGUCUUCUCGGGACAAUUGGAUCUUAUUUGUGCAACACCUGGUGCAGUCAAUUGGAUUAAUGGCAUGAAAUGGAACAACAAAUCGGCAUACGAAUCUGCACCAAGAGUGGGCAUUGUUGUUGAUCGUGUCCUUGAGGGUUAUCAAAAAGAGGCUGGCAAAUUUGCCAUGUUCUGGGUUGAUCGGGCCGGGCAUAUGGUACCAAAUGAUAAUCCUCGUGCAAUGGAUUACAUAUUGAAAAAAUAUACAAAGUACGAUAAUUAAAAAAUUAAUAAAUUUAGAUUUUGAGUAAAAA